AUGACCGCUACGCGAGAUGAGCCGAUUAUAAUCGUUGGUGCAGGAAUCUUUGGCCUGAGCUCUGCAUUGCAUCUGGCACAGCGAGGUUACACCGAUGUCACGAUCUUUGACAAGCAGCCAUACCACAAGUCACUCUACUCGUAUGAUCAGGGCUGCGAUGGGGCUUCGUCAGAUGUGAAUAAGAUCAUUCGGGCCGCGUACGGCUCGAAGCUGGAGUAUCAGAACAUGGCGUUUGACGCGAUAGAGCAUUGGAAACGAUGGAAUGCAGAGAUCGAAAGCGGACAGAAUCUUCCACCUGGGAUGUCUGCCAAAGAUACUCUGUUCAUCAACAACGGAAAUGUCUCCAUGACCGACGUGCCUGGUCCGGCGCUGUUCGAGCAGGCCACACGAGAAAGCAUGGCAAGGGCUGGGAAAGGCGACACACAGAUCACACUGGAGAACCCCGAGGAUGUCGCUCGUGCCAAGUCGCUGGGCUUCGGCCAUGCUGUGAACCCAUUCGGGCGCGAAGGCAACUAUGGGACUCUUGAUACAUGCGCGGGCGUCGUGUACGCCGACAAGGCCUGUCGCUUUGCACUGCACAAGGUAAUGCAAUUCGGCGUGAAGACGGUCUUCGGAUCAGAAGCUGGCGCUUAUAGCGGAUGUCUGGAGAAGAAUGGUCGUGUCAGGGGCAUACGCACCAUCGAUGGAAAGGAGCAUCAAGCGGCGCUGACAAUCAUGGCCUGCGGCGGAUGGACUCCAGGUCUGAUACCACAGCUUGACGGACUCUGUGAGACGACGGCUGGAAGUGUUGCGACAUUUCAGGUCCCUAGAACAUCCGACCUCUGGGACAAACUCGCUCCGCAGCGAUUUCCUGUGUGGACCUACAAGAUGUACGACGGGGAACAAGGAGGGUUCUACGCCUUCCCUCGAGACGAUCAAGGCGUGGUGAAGGUUGGUUAUCGUGGGCUGAAAUACACCAACCCUCAGAUGCAAACGGAUGGGUGUGUUCGGAGUGUUCCCGUGACAAGAUGGACGCCGAUAUCGACUCGUCAGGUGCCACUGGCCGCAGCUCAGCGCAUCAAGUCCAUUCUCAAGCAGUUCAUUCCAGACCUGCUCCCUUACCACACCAAGACGCGUCUGUGCUGGUACACUGACACAUAUGACAACCACUUCGUCAUCGAUUAUGUUCCGGACAAGUCGGGGCUGUUGGUGGUGACAGGUGGUAGUGGUCAUGGCUUCAAGUUCCUGCCCACGAUAGGCAGAUAUGUCGUGGACAGAAUCGAGGGUAGCAGAACACCAGAGUUGGAGAUGUGGCGUUGGCGGAGACGCCGGAAUGAUGAGGUGCCUUACAACAAGAUCAUGGAAGGACUCUCAAGUCGACUCGCGCUCGUGAAUCAAGCGCUUGCUGUUGAGGACAGUCUAGAUGGAGAAGUAGCGAGGUUGUGA